ACUCUCUCUCUCUCCUCUCUCUCUCUUCUCUCUCUCUCUCUCUCUCUCUCUCUCUCUCUCUCUUCGCCGGCUUCCUCGCCAUGGAAGACGACCAGAGGGUUUCAGAUCUAGUCAAAGAACUAGUCCACCGCUUACUCUCCUCUCGAUCCGACUCACAAACCCCAACUUCUUCACACCACCACCAACAACAAGCUCUCAAGUACGCCAUUCGCAUCCUCUCCAGCCGAAUGACGCCGUCGAUUUCCUCCGACUCCGCCGCCAUGGCCGAGUCCAUCAAGCGCCACCUCGCCACCCAAGGUAAAUCCUCCGAUGCCCUAACUUUCGCCGAUCUUUACUCCAAAUUCGACUCAAAAACCGGCCCCGGUAGCGUUAAUAACAAGUGGUCUGUUCUCUACAUGCUCAAAGUCAUCUCCGAGGAUCGGAGUAACCGUAAGGUCCGGUCUGAUUCUAGGGUUUUGACGGGGCUUUUUGCUUCGGCGGUUUCUGGUGGGUUGCCGGCAUUGUUUGAUGCUGAUAGAACUGAUGAUAAUUCUAGGGUUUUUGGUGAAAGGGAAACGGUAGGAAAGAGUUGGAGAGAUGGGGUGGGGAACGAUAAUUCUAGGGUUUUGCGUGACCCGGAAAUCGCGGGGAGGAGUUGGAGUGAUGGUGUGGGAAAUGAUAGGGUUUUGCAUGGUCGAGGAGCUCUUGAAAAGGUUUGGGGAGAUGGGGUUGGAAAUGAUAAUUCUAGGGUUUUUCGUGGUCGCGGAACGUUAGAAAAGGGAUGGAAUGGUGGGGUUUUGAUGGUGUCGAAAGACCCAGAAAAUAUUCGCGAUAGGGCGUAUAGGGAAUUUACGAGUUUGUUAAAGGAAGAGAAUGAGGUGACUGAAGAGGUUUUGGUUAGGGAUGUGUUGUAUGCUUGUCAGGGGAUUAAUGGGAAGUUUGUGAAAUUUGAUGAAAAAGUUGACGCGUAUGCAUUGCCGGAUGGUGUUAGGGUACCAAGAGCUACAAGAAUUAUGGUGAGGAAGCUUUGUGAACUCGGGUGGUUGUUUAGGAAGGUUAAGGGGUAUAUUUCAGAGAGUAUGGAUCGAUUUCCAGCUGAAGAUGUUGGGACGGUUGGUCAAGCCUUUUGUGCUGCAUUGCAAGAUGAGCUCUCCGAGUAUUAUAAGUUGUUGGCUGUGCUUGAAGCGCAGUCCAUGAAUCCCAUCCCUUUGGUGUCAGAGACUGCCACUUCAGGGAACUAUCUUUCUCUUAGGAGACUUUCUGUUUGGUUUGCCGAGCCUAUGGUGAAAAUGAGGCUAAUGGCUCUUCUUGUCGAUACUUGUAAGGUUUUAAAAGGUGGUGCAAUGGCAGGGGCGAUUCAUAUGCACGCUCAACAUGGGGACCCGCUUGUGCACGAAUUCAUGAAGCGAUUGCUUCAUCGUGUUACUUCUCCUCUUUUUGAAAUGGUGAGAAGUUGGGUUUUGGAAGGGGAGCUUGAAGAUAUUUUUGCUGAGUUUUUUGUUGUGGGUCAACCUGGGAAAGGAGAAUGUCUAUGGAGGGAAGGUUAUAGUCUUCAUGAUGGAAUGCUUCCUUCUUUCAUAUCACAAUCUCUUGCUCAGCGCAUUUUGAGAACUGGCAAAUCCAUAAAUUUCCUUAGAGUUUGCUGUGAGGAUCGUGGUUGGGCAGAUGCUGCAACAGAAGCUGCUGCAGCUGCGGGGACUACAACUACAAGAGGUGCUCUUGGUUAUGGUGAGACCAAUGCAUUGGAAUCUCUCGUAACUGAAGCAGCUAAGAGAAUAGAUAAGCAUUUGAUGGAUGUCAUGUAUAAGCAGUACAAAUUCAAAGAACAUUGCCUUGCGAUUAAGCGUUAUCUUCUGCUUGGACAAGGUGAUUUUGUUCAGUACCUAAUGGAUAUUGUUGGGCCAGAGCUAUCUGAGCCUGCUAACACUAUUAGCUCAUUUAAACUUGCUGGGUUGUUGGAAAGUGCAAUUCGGUCAUCUAAUGCACAAUAUGAUGAUCGUGAUAUACUGGAUAGGUUGAGGGUCAAGAUGAUGGCACAUAAUACUGGAGAUAGGGGAUGGGAUGUUUUUUCUUUGGAUUACGAGGCAACUGUUCCACUAAAUACUGUAUUCACGGAGUCUGUAAUGGGAAGGUAUUUAAGAAUCUUCAAUUUUUUGUGGAAGCUUAGACGGGUGGAGCAUGCACUAAUUGGGGCAUGGAAGACAAUGAAACCGAAUUCUGUUACUUCUCAUUUUUUCAAUAAGCUUCAAAAUGCGGUUAGGUUGCAGUUACUUAUGACAUCAAGAAAGUGCCAGGUUCUUUGGGACGACAUGAAUCAUUUUGUUACGAAUUUGCAGUACUAUAUUAUGUUUGAAGUCUUGGAGGUGUCGUGGUCUAAGUUUCUCAACGAAAUGGAAGUUGCUAAAGAUCUUGAUGAUCUACUUGCGGCACAUGAGAUCUAUCUGCAUUCGAUUAUUGAGAAGUCUCUACUUGGAGAACGGUCUCAAACUCUUUAUAAGACUCUGUUUGUUCUGUUUGACCUAAUCUUACGAUUUCGGAGCCAUGCGGAUCGGCUAUAUGAAGGAAUUCAUGAGUUUCAAGCCAAAACGACCGAGUCCUCUCGAGACAAGAGCAAAUCACGAUUACACCUGAAUGAUAAAACUUCAAAGCCUGGGUCAUGGGUCAGUGAAGGACGUAAGGCCCUAACACAACGUGCUAUUGAAUUUCUCCGAAACAUAGAGCAAGAUCUAGAUGCAAUUGGCAAGGAGUAUUCUUCAUUGCUUGAGGGGUUUAUUUCUCAGUUGCCAGUGCAGAAGCACAUUGACUUGAAGUUUCUCCUUUUCCGGCUUGACUUCACUGAAUUUUAUAGCCGGAUGCACCCUUAGAAGUAAAUCAAGAUUGCAGUACAGUGUUUUGGUUCAGCAAUUUAUUAACAAGCCAAAAUGGUACGGAUUCCUACUGAUUCACCAAUGGCUAACAAGUGUAUGGCCAACUAUCCUACAGUGCCCAGCUGACUUCAGGACCUAAUACUUGCUUUCUACGAUUUGUUUUUAGAUGACAUUUGUUCUGGAUAGUGUGUGGAUUGUGGAUGCUUUUAAGAUUGAGUCGAAGGUAUACUGUUGUCACUAGGUCAGUGUGUCAAUAUAGCUGUAUACACGUAUUGUAUUGUGUCUGAUGGUCAGUGACGGAUUGAUGUUUUCUUGCGGCUGUUGCAAGUUGUUUAUUUUUGAGCUGAUAUAUCUGUACAAUAGGUCUAUUUGCCUUAACGACAAGUUAUGUGCUAAUUGUUCUGUUUGCAUCAA